UUGCAGUGGUUCACGUUGGCGGUGGGAGUGGUACUGAUAGCGACCGUGCAGCUCAGUGAGGCCCAGCGUCGGUUGCGUCCCCGACCGCGAGUGCUGAACAGCGCGGAAUACGCGGACAGCGCCGAGGAGCAGCAGCAGGACAGCCGCCCGCAAGCCCAGGCCCUUCCGCAGUACUACCGAGCUCAGGAGCGCCUGGGCGGCCCGGAAGGUGGUCAGCAGCUGGUGCUGGUGGCGGCCUCCGAGGAGGACUACAACGGCCAGUACGGUACGCCGACGCCGCGCGCCCGCGCCGACACCCAGCAGCAGUACCAGCGUCCGGCGGCUAAGAGCACCACCGUUCAGCCGGCGGCCGCCCGCCAGAAGGCUCCGGCGAGCGAGUCCCGCGCGCCGCCAGUACAGACGAUCCGCAACUACAGCAAGGUGAACGACGACGGCUCGUUCACGUUCGGCUACGAGGCGGCCGACGGGUCGUUCAAGGAGGAAACGCGCGGUACCGACUGCGUGGUGCGCGGCAAGUACGGCUACGUCGACCCGGACGGCAACAAGCGUGAGUUCACCUACGUCUCGGGCAACCCGUGCGACCCGAACAACCCGGACGGCAGCGAGGAGGAGGAGGCGGCUGACGACGCACCGGAGGACUCGAACGAGAACGUGCCCCAGAACUACCCGCGCCGUCCUCCGGUUGCCCGCCCCACCCCGGCCGCCCCCGUCCGGCCCACGCAGGCUCCGGUCCGCCAGACCACGACCGUGUUCCAGAACGACUACCAGGAUCGUCGUCAGCCGUCGGUCCAGGCUCCUGAGUCGGACGAACAGGAGGUUCAGAUUGGACAGCGCGGAGGCCAGCGUCCGGCCGCCCGCCCCUUCGCCGGUGUGCCAUCGCCAACUCCCACGCAGCGCCCGCGAGUUCAGGUCCUGAACACGACGCCCAGCCCGACGCCAUCCGUCCUCUACCAGACGUCGACGCCCGCUCAAACCGUCGUGCCGGUCAACAUAACGCCCAAACCGGUGUACCGCGUGUCGCCUCUGCCUACGCAGCCUAACCUCGCCCCCACCACCUACCGGCCGGCGUCGCCCUCGAGCACCCGCGGACCGUCAAUCGACUUCGAGGCGGAGUUCAAGCGCUUCCAGCAGGACAACAAGCUCCCGAGCCCGGCGUCCGCGCCCGCCACCGCCAGCACCCCCUCCAAGCCGACCGGCUCACCCUUCGGACGGCCGCAGAUUGCCAACGGCAACCCGAUCUACCAGUCGCAGCUCAUCUUCGAUCCCGCCUCCGGCCAGUACGACACCGCCCUCUACCAGCAGCUGCCGCAGAGCGACGGCGACUUCCAGCUGAACCACCGCAUCCAGCCGUACGUGCAGGCCGGCCCCGCCCCGCAUCCCGCCUCUGGGCAGCUCGUCUCGCUCGAGCAGCUCCAGCAGCAGUCGCCGCUGUACCGCGCUCAGCCGCCGCAGCCGUCGCCGCCGGUCGCCCGCCCGCCGCCACCGCCGACGGUGCAGAUCCCGCAGCAGCUCUACCAGAAGCAGCAGAACGAGCUGCAGUUCGUCAACAGCCAGCAGCUGUUCGCCCAGCAGCUCGAGCUCCAGCAGAGCCAGCUGCGGGCCGAUCGGCUCGAGGCCGCCAAGAAGCAGGUAGCCGCCCCGGGCCCGCUGCACCGCUUCCAGCCGCAGCCGCAGCAGCAGCAGUACUACUUCAUCCAGCCGCAGGGUCCCUCGCCGGGCGGAGCCGCCCCCGGGCAGAUUGACGCCUUCCUGAGGGGUCACAACAUCGACUACUAA